AGUUCUCAGAAGUCGUGGAUCGGUUAGUCUACUAGAGUGUGUCCCCAGUAUGCCUUUGACUUUCCUGCAAGGCAAGGCAUAUCACAUUAAGGAGGUAACGAAGGGCACCUAUUUCUAUCCCAAGGCUCCUGACGGUACUGGGGAAGUGGCUCUGACAUCUCGGCCACUAAAGGACGGCGAAAUAGCAGAAUGGAUUCUCCUUGACGGUACGCCAGCUACUUGCGCGAACGUCGCCUUACACAAUCUUUUCCCUGGGCAGAUCGAUCUUGUCGUAUCUGGUCCUAAUCUAGGAAGGAAUUCUUCCUCCGCAUUUGCACUCUCUUCGGGUACCAUUGGCGCCGCACUGUCUGCAUCACUGUCCCAAACACGAUCAAUUGCCCUAUCGUACGGAACCGUUCUGCACCCGACGCCAGUCACCUUUUUCGAGCCUGCCCACAUACUGGGCAUCCGAAUUAUCAAUCAUCUUUGGGAUAAUUGGGGGGAAGAUAAGGGGGGUCUCAGAAAGGAUGAGGUGGAUCUCUACAACAUCAACAUUCCGCUUAUACAACAGCUUUUGACGGAGGAAGGCUUGAAGAUUUGCUGGACGACGAUGUGGAGAAAAUCUUAUGGCAAGCUUUUCAAGCAACUAGAAGUCUUUGAUCUGGAGGAGGAUACGAAUCCUGCUGCUGGCCCAGAUGCGCCAGCUAUAAGCGAGGCCGCCGGAGCUGAUCGAUCAAGCGGUUUACUAUUCAAAUGGUCACCGGAGAUGGAUGGUUUGAUUCGACCUUCAGAGUCGUCUCUACCUGUGGGAUCUGAUGGAUGGGCAAUACACAAGGGCUGGGUCAGUGUUACUCCAUUGUGCGCUAGUUUUGCAGAGCCUCCGCACCCAGAAGUGCAAGACAUAGAAGAAAAGGUUUGGAAGAUGAAGUUGUAGAUACAUGCUGUGUAAAGUCUAUGUUACGCAUCAAUACCAAGUUUUUCGCUACAAGGACAUAAGAAUCCCAACAAAUAUCAGUAGAUAGGUCAGUCCCAGUGUCAGUGAGUCGCGUGGAAUAGGCGAUGGAGUGGCUGCAGACACCUGGCCGUUCAAUAUCUGCUUGCGGUAAACCUUCAACGAAUUGAUGCUCCAUGAAGCGUUGACAAAGUUGGAUGGGUCUUGUAGACGGUCCGAGCAUGAGCCUGGACAGCCCGACGUGGCAUACGAAUUGCCAGCCCAGUCACCUAUCGAUUGUCAUUACGAAAAUCGACAGACCCUGAUAGAUUGACUUACCACAAAAUGUAAUGUCUAUUUGAAGGAUG